AUGGUAAUUUCUUCGGGAGCCAAGGAGACUUUUCUCCGGCACAACCCUUACCGAGGUGAAGUUAUUUCAUGGUAUCGAAGAUUUCUAAAAGUAGCGUUUUCUGUACCUUGGGAGACGGACGACGAUGCCUUGUACGUUUUAGAAGAGACAAGACGUCUUUUCCGAGAAAAUAAAAACAUCACUGACGUGAGUGUUAUUCAACGAAAAUUACGUGAAGCAGAAAUGCGGUAUGAGAUUGGUGUUCACUACCGCAUUCCAUACCCUCGUCCGUACCACAAAAUGCAAGGAGCAUUGCAGGAGAGUGGUGUGGCGUAUGCGGCGGAGCUUGACUCUAUGUAUGAUCACCCUAUUAGCCCACGAACUGGACGGAUAAUGGAAGGUAGUGCAAACCACGGUACAAUGGGUGGGGUUGAAUAUUCAAUGCAUUUGCUAGAUGAUGGAAUCAAUACUGAAGAAGAGAAACUUCCAAAAACAUUAUGA